AAUCAAGUUGGCAACACUCAUAAACCGCCAUAUUUUGUUUGGAGUUUUGGUAGACGUUUUGAGGUUAAGAUCUGUAAAGCGACGCUAGUUUUGUUUUCAUUAAAAAUAUAAAAACGACCAAAGAAUAAACAUGAAAUUAGUAAGAUUUUUGAUGAAAUUGAGUCAUGAGACGGUCACGAUCGAACUAAAGAACGGUAGUGUUGUUCAUGGUACCAUCACCGGUGUUGAUGUAGCGAUGAACACACAUCUUAAAGCAGUCAAAGUAACAUUAAAAAACAAAGAGGAGUUGCAGUUAGAAACUUUGAGUAUACGCGGAAACAAUAUUAGAUAUUACCUCCUUCCGGACAGUUUACCUUUGGAGACGUUACUUAUUGAUGAUGCACCCAAGGGUAAGGGUAAACGAGAAGGGUUCCCGCGCGGCAGUACGAGAGGCGGUAGAGGAAGAGGCCGAGGUGGUCGUGGAGGACCAAGAGGAGGUCGUGGAGGCCGCGGUCGUGGACGUCGAUAAUUUCCAGUGUUCUCUAGUUCAUAAGUUUCAUAUGUGAUUACAGUAUAUUACUUCGUAAAA